CAAUCGGGCAACCACCCAACCACCAUGGACAUCACGGACUUGACGGCCCCCUCCUCCCCCGUUCCCGAGGACGCCCCCGCGCCCGUCGCAGGCCCCUCGGCGCCGGCGCGCAAGUCGGGGCGCAAGCCCAAGCCCAAGGCCGAGCACUUGACAGCCCACACAACCGCGUUCGUGCCCAAUCUCCUCAACAUCCGGAACCCGCCUGGCGACUUCCUGCAGAAGGAGAGCAACGUCGAGGUGCGGCGACAGGUCGUGCUUGCGCGAAGAAAGGAGCGCGAGGCUGUGCAGGCCGAGGAGGCCGCGCAUGCGGCAAAUGGCGCAGAGGCGAACGGAGGCGACGUGAAGGAUGAGGUCGUGCUCACGGCCAAAGAGGAAGAGGAGAAGCGGAAGGAGGAGCAGCAAGCCCGCCUCAGCCGCAUUCUCAUCAUCCACCCCGGCUCGCGCAAUCUGCGCCUCGGCCGCGCCUCGGAUUUCUAUCCCCACGAAGUGCCGAACUGUAUCGCGCGCCCGGCCUCCGCGCCGGGUGGACACGACCCACCAGUGCUCGGCAAGCGCGUGGCCGACAUGGACGACAACAUCGGGCACCUGCGCGAAUACUUGCGCAACAAGUUGCGGGCGAACAAGCUCGUCACGGAUGCGCGGGACGGCGCGCGCGUCAACGCCGCGAACGCAAAGGCCAAGCCUGAGCCCAUUCCCGAGCACAACGACCCGUACCGCGUCGACUGGACCGAGGUGGAUGGGCGUCCGUUCGUCGUGGGCACAGAGGCACUGCGGCUGGCGGACAGCGCGGGCUUCCGCGUCCGGUACCCGAUCCACCAGCGAGGGUUCAAUUCGCGCGACUGGGCCAGCCCCCAGCUCCUCCUCGACGACAUUUCACUUAUUAUCCAAGAAAGCCUACGGACAGAGCUUGGCAUCCGCCCCAAGGACUACAAGGACUAUCGUGUCGUGCUCGUCGUCCCAGACUUCGGGGACCGGCUGUACGUCGAGCAAAUGACGAACGUCAUGCUCAACAUCAUGGGAUUCAAAGAGAUCGCGAUACACCAGGAGAGCUACUGUGCGAUCUUUAGCGCGGGCAUGUCCAGCGCGUGCGUCGUGGACAUCGGCGCGCAGACGAGCAGCGUGACGCUCGUCGAGGAGGGCAUGGUGAACCCCGACACGCGCAUGCGCCUCUCGUACGGCGGGGACGACGUGACGGUCGCCCUCGCCGCGCUGCUCCAGCGCGCCUCGUUCCCGUACAAAAACCUCAACUUGGCACGCACGCAAGACUGGCUCAUGAUGGACAAUCUCAAGAUCAAGCUCGCGACGCUCGAGGAGCACCUCGUCGCGAACACUCCCUGGGACUUGUACGUCGUGCCCGAGAAGGGCUUGACGAACAAAUACCUUUUGCGGACAUACGACGAAAACGUGCUUGCGGCACUGAGCUGGUUCGACACGCGCAUGAUCGAUUUUGAGACGAAGCGCGAGACGAGCUUCACCGUCGUCAACCCGGACGUGAGCGACAUGAUCAAGAGCCCGUACGGCGAGGCGACGGCGGCGAUGCGCGCGUGCACGACGCACCUGCUCCCGUCUGCGCCGGAGGCGCCGAGCACCGCGAGCACGCCGGCGCCGCCCGCCCCCGUGAGUCCCGGCAAGAGCGCGCCGACGACGCCAGCGGAGAAGAGCGCGACGCCCGCACCCGCGACGCUCGCCCCGCCUACGGCGGCGCAUUCGUCGGCCGCAACGCCCGCGCCGGACGCCGAGGGCGACGAGCCGCCCGCGUUCGACGUCGUCUUCGAGGCGUCCAAGACGCCGCUGGACGGCGCGAUCGCCGCAUCGAUCAGCGCCACGUCCUCGGACAACAAGGUGCGCACAGCCGCAUCUUCCAUCCUCCUCGUGGGCGGCGGGAGUGCGCUCAAAGGCCUCGCGCCGUUCAUCGCCGACCGCCUCCCCGCCCUCCUCAGGCAGCGCGGGUAUCCCAUCGACCACGUGUCGAUCGUGCCGCCCCCGCGCGGCCUCAACCCCAAGUUCAUGAGCUGGAAGGGCGCCAGCGUCAUGUGUAACCUCGACCUGGUCGUCGCGGACAUGUGGAUCGGGCGCGAUGAGAUGGACGAGCUCGGCGCACGCACCCUCAAAGACCGCCUACCCUUCUUGUAAUCUAAUAUGCAUGUAGUCUAGAGCUCUG